AUGGGCGCCCAGUUCUCCCAAUUCUUCCCUCCCCAUCCAACCUUCACGCCCAAGGAUGUCCCCCAUCUCUCGGGCAAGGUUGUCCUGAUCACCGGCGCCGCCUCGGGCAUCGGCUUCGAGCUUGCCAAAAUGCUCUACCGCAAAGGGGCCAAGGUCUACAUCGCAGGCCGGUCCGAAGCCAAUGCCCAAGCUGAAUAUAUUCGAUAUUCUAAACAUGAAGAUUGUGAAUCCUCCGGACUUGAGAUGUAA